AGAAGAAAUCAGAGAAACAUGGCAGCGUUGUAUGAAGGAUACACGUUGUGUAGAGUUGGAACAGUGCAAAAUUCUAAUACAGGGAUUCUGGGAGUUGAACAGGGUAGAGAUAUUGACCAUGUUAUCGUCACUGACUCUUCGAGAUUCAUUACCGUUUAUAAGGUGUCUGAUCAGAGGCCUACGGGCAGUUGGUCAGUGAAACAGGGACAGAUAAUCUCUUGCCCCGCAGUGUUUAAUACGCAGUCCCAGGAAUAUGUGGUCGUUACAGAUGACAAGGUCGUCAGAGUUUGGAAAGAAGAUGAUGUCAACUUGGAAAAGGCUUUUAAAGCGACAGUUUCGGCUGAAGUUCUCAGAGUGCUGUCAACUCCUGACUCUGAGCUAGUGGUGCUGUUUUGUUGUGGGGCUGUCCGGUCCCUGGACUUACUUCUUGCUUCUCCACAACAGCCUAUAGAGCAUGUUUUGGCAGAGGAUGAGAUUAUCAGGUGGAGCACCAUCAUUAAGGCAGAGCACCUGCUUGUUUUGUUCAGCACAGAACAGAGAGGAGAGCACUACCUAUAUGUUCAGAGAUUUAACCCCAACACUCUUGUGAAACACAGAUUUGAGACCGAACCUGGUCUCCCUGCACCUAUUAGCUUCUCUGCCACAUGCAGGGGUAGUAACAUACACUUGUUGUAUUUGUAUUUGAAUGGCAGUGUCUAUGAGAGUGUCUUGCCACUCAGAAGUUUAUCCACAGGAGCUGAAGGUGUCCUGGCUCUAUCUCGCUCCCUAUGUCUUUGUCUUCCUCUUGGGGAAGAAAAACUGAUGUCUGGUGCUGUUGUUGUGCUUGAUGAUGCACAUGUAGCUGUGGUUGGAUUCCCCCACCCAUCUGCUGGAGCUUGUAAAGAUUACCUUUGCAUCUGGAACACACGUUUUCAAACUCUCCAGGCUUGUAAAGAAAUGGCAGGAAAGACCUAUAGUCAGUUGUGGUGUUAUUCUGGGAAGCUGUACAUCCCUCAUGGGAAAAUGCUGUCAAUAAUUCCUUUUGAGUGCCAGAAGUCAUCUCUUGCAGCUGCCCUGGGGAAACUGAAGCAGACAAGUCACAGUGCAGAAUUCAAAUCAUGCAGUUUUGUGUCUUCCUGGACCGCCCAGACUUAUCGUGACGUCACACAGAUAACAGAAAUCAAAAGCAGAAUGUCAACCAGAAAUCAUGCAGAUGUCAAGUCUGCACUGACAGUGGAUCAGCUCCUAGAACAUAUUAAGACUAGUGCAGUGCAAGAGGAUAUACAAGUAGAGGUGGGUGAGUUUAUUCGUCGGACUCCCCAGGCUGACCUCCAGCUGGCAGUAGGCAGGGUGGCAUUAGAGCUAGUGUCAAGAUCUCAGACAGAUGCCAACUUCUACCCUCAGCGUGUAUUUCUACAGCUGCUAGAGACACGGUUCCUCUGCUACAGUGUGUGCCCUGAACUGCUUUCACUGGCCAUGGAGAAGAAAGAUUUCCGUCUCUGUCAGAUUGCUUUACAAAUAUUUUCUGACAUUCCUGAAGCAGUCAUCUGCGCUUAUGUCAAAACUAUUCUCAGUACUUCAGACUCUGAAAUAGAGACUGUGAAUCUUGACACAGACAGUGUCAUGUUCAUGAAAGAGCUGACUCAGACACAAAGUCGAUCAGAUGAGGAGGAGGGGCAGCUGAAUGGCUUCGGCUCUAGUGGACUGGAGAGUGGUGUUUCCCAUAUCCCCAGCAAAAAGCUGCAAAGAGAUACCUUAUCACUGGAUAUGAGUUGUCCUGUGGGCUUACACAAGGGUGCCCUUCUAAAUGAGGUUCUGCAGACAGCAUACAGUGACAGACCACUGCUGCCACAUCUAAAAGAUCUCGCGGUUCCACAGGUCAUAAUCUUUUUACAGUAUCUAAGAUUCCUUUAUUUUAAAUAUUGUUAUGAUGCCCACGAACAAAUCAGAGCGUUACGGACCCCAAGUAUUUCUCAGAUCAUAGAUUGGGUUUGCUUACUACUAGAUGCUCAUUUCACUGUCUUGGCUGUGGCACCAGAGGCCAAAGGGUUGGUCUCUGAUCUUCACAAAUUUGUGAGGUCACAGGUAAAACUAUAUGCUGAACUGGGGAAAAUUGAGGGAAGUCUUCAAGUUAUUAAAAAUUCCAAACGGUCUGAAGAUUUUGGCAUGUACGCCAUACAAGUAAUUGAGCUCUUUUAGAUUACUUCCAGAUUGUUUUUAUAAAAUGCUGCUGUUGCUGUUUUCUGUCUGGUUUGACUUGGUUUAAAAUGUAUUCUCUCUUAAAACAAACCAAGAAAAUGUUUCUGCUUUUUUAAAUCAUCCCUCAACCACACACACAAAAUUUUAAAUUGCUUUGCAGAAUAUCAUGCAAAAUGUGUUUUAAUGUCUGUAUGAAUGAGCUGAUAUUCAUGCGAAGGAAGCUAUUGAACUGGAAGUAGAUGUCAAAUUGCUCCUGCACACCAUAGAAUAUUGUCUUCACCAGAUUUAAUCAAGCAGUGUUCACAUGUUGAAUCCACCUUUUUCAUAACAAGCCCGUGUUAAAUAAUGAGACACACUUAAAGUUUCAGAGUUCCAUUCAAGAAGAUUGCAACAAAUAAUUUCAAAUUGUAAGAUUGUGCUACAAAUCUUUAUACAUCAUUUUGACAGAAGAGGCUGUAAAUUCAUUCAUUUUCAAAAGUCAGGGGAAUAACAUUUAGUUUAAUAAUGUGACACGACUUAACUAUAUAUAGUAUCUCUUUUUAGCCGAUUGCAUUUUUACUUGCCCCCCCAUGUUUUGUUUAUAUUCUGCUGGGAAUAAAUGAAAUAAGACAACACAAACCAUG